AUGUGCAAACAUUUCGGCGCAGAGGGACAUUCAUCCAUCGACAUUACAAAGGGUCGAGAGAUUCUGCCGGCCAAUGUCAAGCCUGUCCACUAUGAUUUGACUCUCGAGCCCGACUUUGAGAAGUUUACCUACGAUGGCACCGUCGUCAUUGACUUAGACGUCGUCGACGACACCACCUCGAUAUCGCUAAACACAAACGAGCUCAAGAUACACUCGACCAGAGUUACUGCAGGCGAGCACGUAAUCUCCGAGUCGCCCACCGUUUCCCACGAUGAAGAUGCACAAACCACCAAGGUCAGCUUCGACCAGACAAUCCCCGGCGGAAGCAAGGCGAAGCUCACCAUGACCUUCUCCGGAAUCCUGAACGACAACAUGGCUGGCUUCUACCGCUCCUCGUUCAAGGCCGAGGACGGAUCUACCACAUACAUGGCUACAACGCAGAUGGAGCCUACCGAUGCGAGGCGAGCAUUCCCGUGCUUCGAUGAGCCUGCGUUGAAGGCAAAAUUCACCGUAACACUCGUCGCGGACGAGAAGAUGACGUGCUUGAGCAACAUGGACGUGGCCUCAGAGAAGAAGGUGGAUUCAAAGGUCGCGGGCGGAAAGAGAAAGGCUGUCACGUUCAACCCAACUCCGCUCAUGUCGACAUAUCUCUUGGCGUUCAUUAUUGGCGAGCUCAACUACAUCGAGACGAACAACUUCCGCGUACCCGUGCGCGUGUAUGCGCCGAAAGAUAGGGACAUUGAGCACGGUCGAUUUUCGCUCGAGCUCGCCGCAAAGACCUUGGAGUUCUACGAGAAGACCUUCAACAGCCCUUUCCCACUGCCAAAGAUGGACAUGAUUGCCAUUCCCGACUUCAGCGCCGGCGCCAUGGAGAACUGGGGUCUUGUCACGUAUCGUGUCGUGGACGUGCUCAUUGACGAGAAGGUCAGUGGUGCAGCUGUCAAGCAGCGGGUAGCCGAGACUGUGCAACACGAACUCGCACAUCAGUGGUUCGGCAAUCUCGUUACCAUGGACUUCUGGGACGGUCUGUGGCUAAACGAGGGAUUUGCGACAUGGAUGUCAUGGUACUCUUGCAACGUCUUCUAUCCCGACUGGAAGGUCUGGGAAGGCUACGUUACAGACAAUCUUGCCGGUGCUCUUUCGCUCGACUCCCUGCGCAGCAGUCACCCCAUCGAGGUUCCAGUCAAGCGCGCUGAUGAGAUCAACCAAAUCUUCGAUGCCAUUUCGUACUCGAAGGGCUCCAGUAUCAUCCGCAUGAUCUCAAAGUACAUUGGUGAAGACAUCUUCAUGGAGGGUAUCCGAAGAUAUCUCAAGAAGCACGCCUAUGGCAACACAGAGACCGGCGAUCUUUGGGCCGCUCUCGCUGAUGCUAGUGGCAAGGAUGUCGGCAAAGUCAUGGACAUUUGGACGAAGAAGGUCGGCUUCCCUGUGGUCACUGUUACCGAAGGCACCGACUCUAUCCACCUCAAGCAAAACCGCUUCCUUCGCACAGCCGAUGUCAAGCCGGAAGAGGAUCAGACGCUAUAUCCCGUAUUUCUCGGACUACGAACAAAGGAGGGCGUCAACGAGGACCUGACGCUCUUUGACCGGGAGGCAGACUUCAAGCUUAAAGACUUGGACUUUUUCAAGCUCAACGCAGAUCAUUCUGGCCUUUAUCGGACAUCGUAUUCGCCGGAGCGGUUAAGGAAGCUUGGUGUUGCUGCGAAGGAUGGACUCCUCACCGUAGAAGAUAGGGCUGGCAUGAUUGCCGAUGCCGGAUCCUUGGCUGCCUCUGGCUACCAGAAGACGUCUGGCAUUCUCUCGCUUCUUGACAGCUUCAAGGACGAGUCGGAGUUUGUGGUUUGGCAGGAAAUUACCGGUCGCAUCGGCUCUCUUCGCGGUGCAUGGAUGUUCGAGGAUCAGAAAGUUAGGGAUGCUCUCAAGAAGUUCCAGCUCGAGCUUGGUGCAGACAAGGCACAUGAGCUGGGAUGGACCUUUGGUGAGGAUGAUGGGCAUAUCGAGCAACAGUUCAAGGGCUUGAUGUUCGGCGCCGCCGGAAUUGCUGGUGACGAGAAGAUCACCAAGGCAUCUUUCGAUAUGUUUGAGAAGUUCAAGGCUGGAGACAAGUUGGCCAUCCACCCUAACAUUCGCGGCAGCGUAUACGCCAUCGUUCUGGCCAACGGGGGCAAGGAAGAAUACGAUGUCAUUGUCGACGAAGCCCUCCACGCCGCUACAAGCGAUGAACGCAACUCUGCUCUCCGCUCGCUCGGCCGUGCCAAAUCUCCCGAACUCAUCCAACGCACCCUCGACUUUGCUCUUAGCAAGGACGUCAAGGGUCAGGACAUCUACCUGCCCAUCUCAGCAUUGCGGUCACAUCCGGAGGGCUGCUUCGCGCUCUGGAAGUGGGUCAAGGAUAACUGGGAGGAACUCGAGAGGAGGCUGCCUCCUAGCUUGAGCAUGCUGAGCUCCGUUGUUUCCAUCACCACAUCCAGCUUUACCCACCGUGAUCACAUCAAGGACAUCGAGGCUUUCUUCAAGGACAAGAGUACAAAGGGCUUCGAUAUGUCGCUUUCUCAGAGCAUCGAUGCCAUCAGCGCCAAAGCUGCCUGGCUCGAGCGAGAUUCUGAAGAUGUCAAGACUUGGCUUCAGGAGCACAAGUACUUGCAGUAG